GUCGCGAACACACGGCUCACACGCUUUGCUUCUGAGGUGAAAGCUUCGUCAAUAGACCCGCCGGCUCUUGGCGUUUAGGCCCAAAUUAAGUCUCUGCAUGCUGGUGGAAGAGUUGUCAGCGAUGAUGAGAUUCCUUAUCCUGUCCUUAGUUGUCUACAUGUGUUCAGCCCAAGAUUCUCCGGGUGUAUUCCAGUUUCAAGCAGUGGAGUUAAAAGUGUCAGAAGAUGCAGGGAUUGCGAGCAUUGUAAUAGAAAACACUGGCAAUACAACAGUGUCUGUAGUUGUAAGCGUCACCACGACUGACGUGACAGCCAUAAACGGGGCUGACUACAUCGGAGUAUCUGGUACCCGGAUAUCUUUUACACAGGGCGAAUCGACGAAAACAUUUGAUAUCCCUAUUAUAGAUGACGAGGCAGACGAGGGUGAAGAAUCAUUUUUGGUCAGCGUUAAGCUCCAUGGUCCAUCUCGUCCAAGUGCUGCGUUAGGACCAAGGAGACAGAUGACGGUCAUAAUCGAGGAUAACGAUGGAGUGAUUCCCACCACAUCCCGGGUUUCAGGGUCCAACGGAGGUAAAAAUAUAACCUUGGACACCGAAGCCAAAAUAGACGUUGUUUGCAUGGCUGACUACAUUGAGGUAUCACUCCAAUUGUCAGACUAUCCAGGUCUUAUUGUGAACGACUCUGUCCUUCACCUUGAAGACAAGGCUUGUGUGGCUGGUUAUAAGGACGAGAACAUGGUUAAGUUCACUUUUGGACUUGAAGCCUGCAUGACUACACAAGAAGACGAUGGCGAUAAGAUUUACUACAUGAACAGUGUUUACCUCCAAGCUGAUGAAAAGGCGGACGAUAAGGCGAUUACUCGUGAGCAUAUGGAAAUUAUCCCGUUUAAGUGUGGGUACGACAAGAAGACUGUAAUCUCUAAAGUGUCCUACAGUCCAAGGAGUACUCUUAUCAUAACAGAUGCAGAUGGGAUUGGCAACUUUACAUAUUACAUGGACAUGUACGAGGAUGAAACUAACAACGAAAUCGUGACUGAAUUUCCAAAGGCGGUUGGUCUGGGUCAGAGGAUGUACUUUGGUUUCCGAGUGGAGUCUGGUGACUCGGAAUUGGUUGUGUUCCCGGAUGUCUGCAAAGCCACAGCAUCGUCGAGCUUUGAUUCCACUCCUGUCCAUCUUAUCAUUGAAGACGCUUGCUCCCGGGAUAACACGUUGGAUUAUCGGUACGAAAAAAAUGCCACGCAGUUUUUCAAUCUUGCCGCUUUUCGCUUCCAAGAAGGAUACGAUGAUGUGUACAUCCACUGCAAGUUGACGGUUUGCCGCACAGAUGACGCUGGAUCACGAUGCGACAGGGGAUGUGGCGAGAACAGAAGGAGAAGGAGAUCAACCGAGGAAAAUAUGAGUACAGAGCUCUAUGUUGGACCGUUGCAAACCAAGAAAAUGACGAAUGAGCCUGCUGAAGAGCACAACUACGAGUCAGAAUCGGCCUCUAACAGCAGCAUGGUCAUGAUCGUGGCAAUACUUGUCGGAGUGUUGGGGACCGUCGCCAUCGGCCUCAUCAUUGCGGUAGUCGUCAUCAGCCGACGCCGCAACAUCUCUGCGAAGGGCGCCUCCCUCAUUGUCGGUGAAGAAAUGUAGAAAGAUUGGCAUUUAAGCUGUAAUGUUUGAAAGAACUGAAUCUUCCUCACAGAAUCAAGUAGUCCGAGAUCAAAAUGCUUGGUCUCACAGAUCGCUCUACCUUAUAUUUUCUAGUACAGAUCGCCACUCUAUCUUAUAUUUUUUAAGUUGGAUUUUUAGUUUACUUUUAAAACUACUUUGCAUUUGAUUCACUAGCUAUAAUUUUUAUUUGGGAAUUUGCAUUUUACGUGACCUGAUUUAUGUAGAUUAUGUGAACAAAACAUGUUUAAUUUAACUUUCCUUUAUUACGCAUCUAAUCACCUUGAAAAUAACUUCCGUAAAAUGGCUCCUCUGUAAGUUACGAUGAUUUCACUUUUUUUAGACAAUACAGCUUUAUGAACCCGUUUCUCUCAUCAGGAAACGAAUUACCUUUUUGUGGAAACUUAGGUUUUGCUCAAGCUACUUUAAAACGGUCAUUAUGGUUCAAAUCCAUUAACCUUUUUUCGGGGACAGCUACUUUUUAUCUUUUGCUGCAGCGUGUUCCAUCGACCGCUUCUUAAAAAGUCUAAAUACUUUUGCUGUGAGGAAGUUUCAUUGCAGAUAGUCCCCACACAAUUCUUUGCUUUUUCUGAGUGUUUCGGUAAAGUUCGUGGAUGUCUUGACUUGGAGAAAAAAAAGAGGGGGGAGAGUGGAUUGUGACAAGAAGGAAUCAAAAAGUAGGAUGUCUUAAAGACGUUCUUUAAGAAGAAUGUUUGAGUUGUUCUAAGGUAGCUUGAGAAGAACAGAACUCGUUUAAACGUAACUUGGAAUAUAAGAUUUAAGAGGUUAACUUGCUUUCGGUGGGUUAAAGGGUAACAAGAAUGCAUGCUCUUUCUAUAUUCAAGCUGUACUACGAUAAGGGAGAAAUAAAUACCUUUUCUCCUCGCUAGCCCCGAUGACUCAGGUAUGCUGUUCUUAAUUUUAACCAAAGGCAAGGAAACUCGUGCACUAAAACCCAGUACCGUAGAGUUCCUGACUGAAAGUUUUGUUUGUUAGUCCGUUCAUCACUUGCCAAGGCAGUUCAGUCGAGUAAGCGAGAAAAUAAGAUUAUUUGCCUGAGCAUUCAUCCUUGCUAACAACAAGGUAUAACAUAACCUUUGUCAUUAGUAGACCAUUAGUAAUCUUAACAAUUUAAGUCUUCGAGUUGCAGAUUAACUUUAUUCAGAUUUCAAGUUCUUGUGAAGCCUUUGUAACGUUCCACCGCACACCUGCAUAUUGCUGGCAAGAUUCUUGAUCCUUUAGGCUUCUGGGAAGCUACUUUCAAAGUUCCAAGUGACCUUCAAAGGACUCGACCCCAGUCCUUUACUGUAAGUCCAGAGUUUUGGCGGAGAAAUUGAUCAGGUUUGCAAACCAAACUUUACCACUUCAUAAAUUCUGUUCGCUUAAGUUUAUCUCUCUUUGAGUAAACUGGGCCUUUUGGAAGCCAGCAAGCGAGCGACGAAAUUUAACCAAGGUCUGGAGAUCCUAUGUGUAACAUGAAUGAUGCCUAUGAAACCGUUGAUCGAUUUCUAACAAUGUAUAAACAGCUCCUAAGAAGCCUAGAGAGGACAACUUUUGUAAGUUGUAUUGUUCACUGCCAAAAUAAAUCCGAAUAAAGUAUAUUCUGUUUUCUUA